GGUGGCUGUCACACACACCCCCCCCCCUCACCCUCCGCCGCCCACACGCCGGAGGAGCCCCCCACGCGGGGCGGUGAAGGGUGGGAAGGGGCGGCUUGUGCCUGCCUGUGUGUGUGUUGGAGGGUGAGGGGCGGGAGAAAGAAAGAAGAGGAAAAAAAAAAAAAAAAAGUUCUGCUUCUCCUUCCCCUCCCUCUCUGCCCGGUCUGUUUUUUCUUGCAGAGAUCAGGUGUGCAAAACUUCGUGCCGGGGUGGUGGAGAAAGUUAGGAUCGAGUUGCAAAGAAGUGUUUAGGAUGGCAAGGCUUCUCUUCGGCCAGUGCCCUUUUGUCUGUUCCGCUCCUUGUCCAGAGCCACGGAUGGGAAAUACGUGCUGCCUGCAUAAAACAUGCACAGGCGAAUUGCGACUAGUGGUUUUCUUCAUGGCACUGGUUUUAAUGCUGUAGCUAUCUAUGCAUUGUAAAAUGUAAACAAACAUAAUGUGCUCAGUGUUUCAUCUACCUAGAUAAGCACAUGGGAGAAGUUGUGUUGUGAUAGAUGCAAGUAGUUGGUGUUACUGCAGAGUUGUAGAAGUCCUAUUUGUAAUUUUUUGUGGGGGAUGGAGGGGAAGAGAAAAAGCGUGACACAGUACAGUCUUUUAGUCUUUACUCUGGGGAAAUAAAAGAAGGAAAAAAAGUGGGUGAGUGAAGAGCCCUUGUGAUAAUCUUGGAGAGCUGUUGAAUCGAACAGCUGGGAUUCAGACUGCAGCCUAGUCUCAUGCCUUUUUGGUUGUCCGUCACGGUUUUUGACUUAAAAAAAAAAAAAAAAAAACAAACACCAGCACAUGUAUGUUGUGCUCUUUUCAAAUACUUUACAAACAAGUAGAUAGCAUUAAGAACAAGUUUUACUUACUGAGUUUACCAAACUAGUAUUUCUGAAAACGCUGCUAGUGGAUGCUGCAGCCUGUGUAUAUUGCGUGUAGAGCUCAUGUUAUCACAGUUCAUGGUUAUAAGCAAGUCAGAUUCCAUCUGUAGCAAGAGGUAUAUAAUGACAGCUUAUUAGGAGACCGCACAUAACAGCAGGUUUGUCUGUUCUUAAGUGUUCCUCUCUUAGCCUGGAGAGCUGUACUUUUAGUCUGAUUCAUGACAUUAUUUCUGUGGGGGCUGGACUGUGUAGUGAGAGGCUGAUUAUUCUUUGCUCUGCUCUCCAGACUGAAAAAAACCCUCUUGUUGUUAAGGUGAAAGGCUUCUCUUAGCAGAACAGGGUUGCUGUUUAGACUUUCUUAUGCUUUAUGGCAGCGUUGGAGCUUGCAUGGUGCAUGAGUAGAUUAUUUGUGUAUGUGUGUGUGUUCUGAGAUGUAGCUUUGAAACUUUAACAUCUACAAACUCUCAUGAAUUAGACGGGAGUGAGAAUGUAAGUAAAGGGGAGGUUUUUGAAGUCUGUUCCCCCCAUUUGCUUAGCACUAUCAUGAUGAAAGAUAGCAUUAGUUACAAAUGCCUUUAAAAAGAGGAAGAAGAGGAUCUCAUUCAAGGUGGUUUAAAAUUAACUCAAAGAUGAGUCUAAGCACAUGUUUAGCAAUAUACUGGGAUGUUUAGUUCAGUAACCUGCUAGUUGAUUGUUGUUUUGCAGUUGAGUGGGUCAGACUUGGGCUACACUGAUAGUCACUGAAAUGAAAAAAAGUGUUUGAAGGUCCAGUUUUCUUUAUGGAAGAAGCUGGGAGUAUGUAGCAUAAUCUUGGAGAAGCAUUUGUCAGCUUUCCUGAGGUUCUGUUUGAUGAUAAAAAGGAGAACACAACUGAAAAAAUUAGAUUAAAAAAAUUGGUCUCUUAACUGUUCUUUUCCUCCACCCAGAAGAUAGAUUCAUGAACAAAAUCAAAUAAGCUUGAACUACACAAUGAAUUUCCAAAUGAAAGGCCCUCCUGGGUCCUCCUCCAUCUUCCCGUUCCACUUGAUCUUUCAGAAAUGUUGAGCACCAGUUGAUAUAAUUGAGUUUAUUGGAGCUCAAAAAAUUUCUGCUACUGAGAGCAACUUUAAAAAACAAAACUUCUUUCCAUCUCUCUAAUCCCUUUCCCACAGAAGUACUGGGAGAACAGGCUUUAUAGUAGGUUCUGGAUAACAAUGAAUCUGAGCUCUGCUUGAGACUGAAGAGAAUUCCUAAGUUUUGCUUAUAUAAAGAACAGUACACAAAGUUUUAAUUGUUAUAAAAAGUAUUCUAGAGUUUUCAAAUGUAUUCAAUGCUGCUUUAAUGAUUGUGCAUGUAAAUGCCCUGUAAUUGAAAGAAUCCAUUUAUGGGCCUGACUUGCUAAGUGAGCUGUAAAUUCUGCUUUUCAGAUUGGAUUUAAUGACUUUUAUCAUAAAGCCACAAACUGGUUGUGAACUGUGCCGAGAGGCAAACAAUACCUAAGCUUACUUUGCCAAAAUAUUUGUAAUUGUUGAUUUGUUAAACUGAAUUGCUGCAGGUCAUGCGAUGGGAUUAGUUUUUUGAAAUAGAAUGGAGAGUACAGGCAGCCCUGUGUUCAAUACUCUCUGGGCUAGAAGAAAUUGGCAACCGCAGAAAACCUUCCUAAACAUUGCUCUCUCCAUUUCCAGUGGAGAAACUGUGUUACAAACAGUAAGGAUUUGUUCCAGAUGACAGUUUAUUAUGAUUAUGUGUGUUUGACAGCCACAGUGUGAAGUAAGACCAAGAGACUCAGAGAGCAGUUCCUGGGUCUCCUAUCAGUUUAGUCUGGGGCUCAAGCUUGAUUUAAUUCUGCUGGAGCAAUGCAAGCUUAACAUAAGACACUUUUCAGUGCUAAGAGAACUCUGCUUAUCAAGGGGGUGGGGGACUGGCCUGUUUGAAGAACGUUUAUGUUAGGCCUGUAUUGCAAGUGAACUUGCAUUAACUAACUGUUAGGUGCAAUUGUUUGUGGUUUAACGAAGCGGAGAAGCUGCUAAACCAUACAGUUAAAGCCUGAAACAGGUACCUGGGCACCUGAUAAUCAGUUCUGUGAAUAUUCCUGUCAAAUUUAGCCUGGGAGUAUUUAUUUUCUAAAAUAAUGAAACUGACACUUGCCAGUUGCACCUGGAAAAUUUUAGUCAAAUGAGGUGAGACGGGCUUAAACUGCUGUGGUUUGGAAAGUUCAUUCAGUGCUUUUGUGGGGCUAUUAAGGCCUUUUAGUUUCAAGGAGCAGUACUGUGAGGUUGUUCAUAAUACUAGGUACCUGGAAAAAGUUUUCUGCUUUGCAGAAUCAGGUGGAUUAGCUGACUGCAGUUGUAAUUUUCCUCUUUUGUAAUUUUAGGAGAGUUGCUAAAAUACAUCGGUCCUAUUAGUAGUUUAAUCAAAGGGAUCAGACGGAAUCUCUAAUUUAUUGCUUGCUGAGUGUUCUGUCUGGUGAAAGUCAUGUCAUCCAUAUUGCCAUUCACUCCACCAGUUGUGAAGAGACUUCUGGGGUGGAAAAAAUCUGCUGGUGGCUCUGGAGGGGCUGGUGGUGGUGAGCAGAAUGGUCAGGAGGAAAAGUGGUGUGAAAAAGCGGUGAAAAGCUUGGUCAAGAAGCUAAAGAAAACAGGACAGCUGGAUGAGCUUGAGAAGGCAAUUACCACUCAGAAUUGCAAUACAAAAUGUGUGACAAUACCAAGCACUUGCUCUGAAAUUUGGGGACUGAGUACACCAAACACGAUAGAUCAGUGGGAUACAACAGGCCUUUACAGCUUCUCUGAACAAACCAGAUCUCUCGAUGGCCGUCUACAGGUAUCUCAUCGUAAAGGAUUACCACAUGUUAUUUACUGUCGUUUGUGGCGCUGGCCAGAUCUUCACAGUCACCAUGAACUUAAAGCAAUUGAAAACUGUGAAUAUGCUUUUAAUCUUAAAAAGGAUGAAGUAUGUGUAAACCCAUACCACUACCAGAGAGUGGAGACACCAGUCUUGCCUCCUGUACUAGUGCCACGGCACACUGAGAUUCUAACGGAGCUUCCACCUCUUGAUGACUAUACCCAUUCCAUUCCUGAAAACACUAACUUUCCAGCUGGAAUUGAACCACAGAGCAAUUACAUACCAGAAACACCACCUCCAGGAUACAUCAGUGAAGAUGGAGAAACGAGUGACCAGCAGUUGAACCAGAGCAUGGAUACAGGAUCUCCAGCAGAGCUGUCUCCUAGUACUCUCUCCCCAGUUAAUCAUAGCUUGGACUUGCAACCAGUUACUUACUCGGAGCCUGCAUUUUGGUGUUCAAUAGCAUAUUAUGAAUUGAAUCAAAGAGUGGGAGAAACCUUCCAUGCAUCACAGCCUUCCCUGACCGUAGAUGGCUUUACAGAUCCAUCAAAUUCAGAACGAUUUUGUCUAGGUCUGCUUUCCAAUGUAAACAGAAAUGCAACAGUGGAAAUGACAAGGCGACACAUAGGAAGGGGAGUGCGUCUCUAUUACAUUGGUGGGGAAGUUUUUGCUGAGUGCCUAAGCGAUAGUGCCAUUUUUGUUCAGAGCCCCAACUGUAAUCAAAGAUACGGCUGGCAUCCUGCAACUGUGUGCAAAAUUCCACCAGGAUGCAAUCUAAAAAUCUUUAAUAACCAAGAAUUUGCUGCUCUUCUGGCUCAGUCUGUGAAUCAGGGUUUUGAAGCAGUUUAUCAACUCACUAGAAUGUGUACCAUAAGAAUGAGUUUUGUUAAAGGUUGGGGAGCUGAAUACAGGCGGCAAACAGUAACGAGCACUCCUUGCUGGAUUGAACUUCAUCUGAACGGACCUCUACAAUGGUUGGACAAAGUAUUGACUCAGAUGGGCUCCCCUUCAGUACGCUGCUCCAGCAUGUCGUAAAACUCCUUCCUCUGUUACCAGUGGGCUAAAUAUCGAGUCCAAUCAACAGACUUAACAUAACAGCUCGUCUGUCGUAGUAUUUGUGUGUGGUCCCCAUGAACUGUUUACUAUCCAAAAAGGUUUUUAAAAAGAAAAACAGCACUUGAGGUCUCAUCAAUUAAAGCACCUUGUGGAUUCUGUUUCCUAUACUCUGAUACUAGAUGAAAAUUUAGUGUAUAGAAAUGCCUUCUUCAAAAAGAAGAAGGGACAGUUCUAAAGACUCUUAAUGGUGUUUUUAUUGGAUAUAUAAUUGAGUGUCCUAAUGGUUUAUCAAUAACAUGAAUAGCUAAGUAUAUGUACAGGUAAUGUAUCAUGAUCUCAGAUAUCACAGUAUUGUGCUGUUCUACAUUUUAGUUCCCAUAAGUAGUCGUUUGUUUUUUGAUUGAGGCAAAUCUCUCAUAAAGUUCCAAGACUCUACUCCUUUAUUCUUUUAUAUUUUUUUAUAUAAGCAGGUUUUCGAGUUGUCCUAAACAUAAAAAGCAGACUUUCCUUGUAGAAAAGCUUAACUUUUUGCUGCCUUCUUUAAAGAAAAAGAAAAUCCCUCCUUUGGAAGGGAAAGAAAUGUCUUGAGAUUGAUCUGUGAAGUCUUAAGACACUUUAUAUGCUUAAUGGGGCCUAAAAUGAAUUCAUAUUAUAAAUUCCGAGUAUCCAUCGCACUAGGAGUCUACUUUUCCCUACCCAUCUGAGUUGAUGCACCUGUUGCCAGCAGAAUUGCUGGCACUGAUAUAAUUUGGGACUUUUAGUACCUUAAAUCAUUGAAAUCAGUGGUUUUUCUCAUAGAAUGAGAAUUUACUCUAGCAUUGGAUACUGGAUUAAGUACACAAGGUUAUUGGCUUACCCCUUAUAUCUGUGCUUUUUUUAUUAAACAGAUACCACUAAAAAUCAUGGGGUUUAGAUUCUGGAGCCAAAUACCUUGAAAAAUCUGUUCCCAGGGUAAACUAGACUCUUUCGUAUAGGUUUUAAAUAGAUGCAGCUUCUUAACAUAUUUCAGUAACAGAAUUUAAAUUUCUGAUCUGAGUGGCUUUGUAUAGCUUACUUACAUACCAGAUCAUACGCAUUCAUUAUGUCAUAAUGGGCCUUGUUAUUAAAAGUAGUUGCUUCUGCAAAACCUCUAGGAUAGUGGUUGCUGAGGUAUGACCAGCGAAGGAGGACUUCUAGGUUCUUCGUGACAGUGCAUGUUAUUGUGAACCCUUGGACACUACAGCUGCACCAUAUUAAAAAUAUUCUGAAAUAUAUUCUACAGAUAAGUCUGGGUUGGGGAAGGGUUGGGAAACUGUAUAGAAGGGUUAUUCUGACUUGAAAAAUAUACAUCUUACUAACAAUCUUGUGAUCUAGCUGUCUGUCAUUCUUUUGUUAUUGUGGCAGUAGCAGGAUUGCCUUUGUCUGUUUUUUCCCGUUGUUUCAUCCAUUACACUAGUACUGUACUUUGUAAGUACAGCUAGUGAUAACUUAGCUUUGAGAACAAAAUGUGGCCAGUGUUACAGCUUUUAAUCAGUUGACUGAAUUGAUGAUAGUGAUGGAUAUUUUUAUGCCAUAAUGACUAGGGCAUAGAAGCAAUACCAAAAAUCAAGCCUUGAAAAAGUGGGCCAGACACCUUUAAAAAUUUGGCAAAGCAGUUAUCAGUUUGUGCUAGUUUUACCAGUAGACUAAUGUAUUGGUAGAACUUGUGAACCUAAGAAAUAAGCUUCAUGCGUGUUGCAUUUGCCUAAUAUGUGAAUACACUAAUAAAGGUUUUAAUUCUCA